UACGUAUGCCAAAUAUUCAUUUCGCCAUGGCAAUCACAUCGCAACAUCCGGGUAUGAUACAAUUGGUUUAUACACUGUGAAUAGGAGAGAAAACAUAUUGAAUUGUCUACCUUUGAUAGUUAAUACUUCCGCAUUGCAAAAUGAACAAAUGUUAACAGGUCAUCUCUAUUAAAAUUAGUUUUAAAUGCAUAUUAUCAAAAUUUAUAUAGAUUUGGAGAUAUAGUGUUGUUAAGGGUUAAUCCAAACAAAUACAUAAUUGUGAAAGACAAUGUCAGAUUACAAGGACAUCAUUCGCAAGCCGGAAACCCUCAACUGGUUUAAGGCGGCCAUGGGUAUGAAUAUUACACGCCACUGCCUGCUCGACAUUGUAAAAGACGCUACUCAGGAAUUGUAUGACACUAUUCGUAAAGAGAUCAAUAGAAAAUACGGUAUCCUGGAGCAUGUUGUCUGCAGUCACUGUCACACUCCAAACGUGCUGCCCUGCGAUACCGAUAAUAAAUGCUGCCAUUAUAAAUAUGGUAGUUGCGCAUUUCAUGACAUUCAUAAGUCUCAACGUUGCCGCGCUUAUUUAUGCAAUGAAAUGUGUAAGGAAAUUGUAUACCAUCACCGAUUUCGCAACCGUUCAAAACCAAAAAGUUUUCAAGGCCCUACCUGGGAAAACACAGAUGCACGUAAAUGGUGCGCCGACCCCUGGAAUAUUGCAAAAUGCUAUCUCUCAAAAGACGGAUACAAGGAUGUAAAUAAAGCAGACGAUGCCGAUUUCAAUGGCAUAGUUAAUGUACUUAUAAACUGUGAAUUCUUUCAAAUGUAUUUCAAGGACGACCUGACACAAAAGGAGAAUGUCUGCACCAAGGCUAGAGAUGUGGGUCGUGAAGUACGGCAUGCGCCCGCAAUGUCCAUGAACAGCCAGGAUAGUGACAGAGCCAUCGACACUCUAGAAGCGCUGUUGCAGAGCCUGACACAUGUAAACCACCAGGUGACGGCGAAGACUGCAGUUGACAAGUUAAAACAGCUGAAGAGUGGAACGCUAGCAAUAACUACUGAAGAUGUUGCAACCACCUUUGAGCUCUUGAAAGAAAAUUUGAUUGCAAAAAUUAAAGAGGCUCUUGAAAAAGAAAAGGAUAAACUUGUAAAUGAAAUGGUCGAUGCUUUUAAUGAAAAGCUAAGUAAAGUUCUUCAAACAAUACAAAGGAAAGGAGACGACGUUCUUGAAACGGUAGACGGGAAAAGAGACGAUGUGCUUGACACGAUAGACGGGAAAAAAUAUGAUGUGCUUGAAACGAUAGACGGGAAAAGAGAUGAUGUACUUGAAAAUAUAGACGGGAAAAUACAUGAUGUUAUUGAAACGAUAGACGGGAAAAGAGAUGAUGUACUUGAAACUAUAGACGGGAAAAUAUAUGAUGUACUUGAAACGAUAGACGGAAAAAGAGAUGAUGUACUUGAAACAAUACGAAGGCAAAAACAUGAAGUGCUGAAUAAUAAAGACAAUGCCACAAUGAACAGAACAUUAAUCGAAAUCCAAACGUGGUUAAUCAAACAUUACCGGGAAAGGUGUGUUGUGCCGGUGUCGAUGCUGGAUCCUGACAUAGAUGUACCUUUAGAACGGAUUUAUGUUCCCCCGUCGAUCCAUGAACUUAAGAGAGGCCGGAAAGACAGACAUGGCGGGGUAGAGAUGGACACGACUUCACGGGCGGGACCAGAUGUGAGUUGCUACAGAGAGCUGCUGCAUCGUGAUGGGAAUCCGGUGAAUACCAUUUAUAUCCAAGGCGAUCCAGGUUGCGGAAAAACGACGUUUUCAACAAAGCUAGUUCUAGAUUGGUGUAAAGCCCAUUCUAAAAAUUGUGGUAGCACUUUGGAAACGCUCACGGGAACAGCCACUACCACAGGUAAAACGUCACACCCAACAUAUUUCAGCGAUCUUGACACUUUGAGAGACUACACAUUUCUGUUUUUUGUGUCAUUGCGUGACUACAGUGGAACCACGUGUAACGUCAGUCAGAUGGUCGAGGAUGCCAUAAAAAGCAUCAAACUACCUUGGGAUGACUCUGUCUGGGAACAUAAAUGUAUUGUUCUGACAGACGCUGCAGACGAAUGGUACCACCCCGAAAUAGCCUUUCCUCCGCCACGUGACUCUGCGUGCAAUUGUCAUAAAUAUCGAAGUAUGCCGCAGUAUUUACAGCGAAACAACAUAUCCAACAUUAUCACUACACGCCCAUGGAAACUUGCCAACCAUAUCAUGAGUGAUACUUUAACGCGUUUGUUCGAAAUUUCCGGCGUUACAAACUACACAACCUUGGCGGAAAAUGUGAUUACUGUUUUAGCUGAGAAGGACGGUAUUUCUAAAAAUGAUCAACAAUGCAAAUGCAUUGAUUUCAUUGAACUAAUAAAGGCUCAAAGCUUGGGCAAUCUCAUCACAGUACCAGCUGUGUGUGUGCAGUUAGUUCAUCAGUUUUACGUUGGACGUUUAGUGGAAGGUUCACGGUGUUCUGUAUACAUGAAUAUGCUCGAUAUGCACAUAGCCAAGGGGUUGCAAAAACUUCAAAUAGAAAAUUUUGACACUGAAGAAAUGUGUGUUAAUGAAAUAAAACAAAUCAUUGGAACUGAAUCAACCGAGUAUCUGCGAGAUAAUUGGUCGCUGGUUCACUCUGCGAGUGCGCUUGCGUUUAAAACACUAACAGACACUAGUAAAGAAUCGUCGCUAGUCUUUGCGGAAAAUACUAUCACUAAUCACAUGACAAAAACUAAACUUGAUUACUUACUUCAGACAGGAAUUAUCACAAAGAAAAAAUCGCUGGCGCUUAGCUCGCGAAAGAAUGUUCCAUACAUGUUCUUACACAAAACAAUUCAGGAGUUUCUAGCAUCGUUGUAUAUUGCAAUGAAUCAGCCGGACAUUGAAAACAUCCUGAACACAAUACAGUCGGUGUAUUGUGAUUAUAAGUCUAUUCUGGACAUUGGUCAGUUAUUUAUUUUCACGUGUGGAAUGUGUGCCCCGGCGGCUGAAAGAAUAUCAAAGCACAUCACGGAUGUCAUAACAUGCGACUUGGAAAGCAAGCUGACUUCUAUUUCAGCCGUGGACACAUUUUUAGCACAAGACAUUAUAGUGAAUGGCUUUAUUGAAGGGCUGGCAAAUAAGCAGUCGUGCUUACAACUGACGAUCAGUCAUAUGGACUUUGAGUUCAUCACUUUUAAGGAGAAGAACGAGAAACAAUAUGCUUUAAAUACCUGUUCUAUGCACCUGUACAUAAACACAAUCUUGGGAGAAAAGACCUGCAACUGUGAAACCGACCGCCCACCAGUGAUCAUUAUGAAGUGCCUUCCCUCUCUCCCGAACAGGUUGACCUGGGCGUGA